UAGCCUAAUAACAUUUGUUAGUGUGCAGACCAAACCUGCUCAUGAGACAUGACAGGAAGUUCAAAUAAAGAUGCAGUUCGCUGCUGUUCUAGAGAAGGCAGUUAGGCCUUUAUACUUGGAUGGCUUUCCCUCAUUAUCCAUAUCUUAACUACAUUGUGGGGCAAGCUAAUAGUGCAGGAGGAAGUAGGUAAAGCCUGCAAAUAACGAUAACAGGAGUGGUGACAACUGACAAGAGUAGGCAAAUGCAGGAUCAGUUGUUUUUACUACAGAAACAAGCAAGCUGUUUCGCUGGAAUUUGUUUAAUCACAGGAACAUGAGUAAUUUUUCUAUGGACUAUGGUUGCACAUUAAUAACACAAUCCAUUAUACACACGAGAUUAAUGUGAAACAGCCAUUUUGGUGUAUGUGAAAAUCAAUUAUAGGUUGGUUAUGCAAAAUAUGCGAGCAAAACCAUAUUGGUAACGUUAAUAAAGGCAAUAACAUUUAUUAGAGUUACAAAAUGUUCAGGUGAUCGAAAAAUAUCAUCAAGGGAGAUACUAUAUAGACCUGUUUUGGUACCUCGCUUACUUUGGUUCCUUCUCAUCAGUCAGAUAUAUACUCAUCAGUGAAGUUCUCCUAAUUCAGUUUUCACGUGACGUCACAAUGAAUACAUCCAUGGUGAUGGUGCGCUGUAAAUGCAGCGGGAACGAUAUGUGUAUCUAAGCAACGACGCACGCAAUGCAACGCAAAUAAGUCAGUGAGUGCAGAAAGAGAGCAGUUGAGGAAUGUUUUAACCAACCUGGGGCUUAACAAAUUAAAUAAAUUGGGAACUAUAAUUCGUUUUUGGGUCAACUCUAGCAGGUGUCCGUGCUGUACAAAUGAAGUUUAGUUAAGCCAGCAGUCGGUUUCCACAGGGGAAGUUAAAAUGUAUGGACGCGCUCCAAGAGUGACCUUCAUGACAACCAGCUGCACUGCCUCGACAGUUGGCCCCGGCUCCUAUGAUGUCACCAUGCGCAGUUCUAAAAUAGCAGAUGGCUAUGCUCCAUUCCUGACCUUGACCAAAAGACAGUCAGUAUUCAACCAGUCCAGUGAGAGGAUACCAGGACCUGGACAGUAUGACUUCUCACCUGUCAAGCUAAACAUCCAUGGUGGGCGCAGUCUUCAGAACCGCUCCAAGCGUUUUGAGGAGGUAGUGUCAAAGGUUCCGGGCCCCGGGGCCUACAACGUGCUGCCUGCCUCGGGAAACACACUCAAGGCCGUGACGGCUAAAGCAGGACAGGCUGAGAAGCUUGGCAGGAAAGGGAGGCUGCAGGCUAAAAGUCUCCAAGUUCUUCGUCAGUCAGAUAUCCCAUCCAUUCCUUCCCCGGGCCAGGCCUAUGGCUACGAGGAGGACGCCGUGGGUGUGCUCAUCAAGCAGCCACCCCAUCCCACGGACACAACCCUGGGUCCAGCCUUCUACAAUCCACUGCUGUCCGAGAAGAGUUCUGCACAGAAGUAUAAAGGAGUCCACUUUGGCAAGAUGACAGAGAAGAGAGGUCAGGUGAUGGUAGAGGAGGGACCGGGUCCAGGACAAUAUUACCCUGAAAUAAACCUAGAAAUGCACUAUGAGAAUGUGAACCUUCAAAAGGAGCAGAAAGGCAGAGCUGAGCUUAUCAUCCCUCGCUACCACGAGCUGGUACCCAGGCAAGAGGAAAAGAAGGGAGUUCCUGGACCGGACCACUACCACAUCAGAAGUCAGUUUGAGAAGCCUGUGAAGUCCAGUGUUAACCCGCCGAAGGUCACUUGUCCCUUCCUCUCUCAGGCUGAGAGGUUUAGCCCUGCGAAAGAACUGUCGCCCCCUGUUGGUAUAUAUAAUGAUCCACGGUGUGCCCUGGAGCUGCUGAAGAGGACCACGGGAAUGAAGAAAAGCCCAUUUGGCAUCACCGCUGUGCGCUUCACUCGUAACCACAAAAAUUGCUCCACACCAGGUCCAGGGUCAUAUAAUGUGUUUGAGCAUGGUUUAGCCCGGGAGAGUUUUAAAAAGGCAGUUUUAGAGAGAACCAGGAAGGGAGGCUUUGGUUCCACUGCUCAACGCAACUCCUUCUUCCACAACAAGGAAUCGAUAGAGGCCCCAAGUCCAGGGCAGUAUGAGACAGAAAAGAAGACAGAGGAAGAGUACAAAAAGCAGCACACAGCGGUUUUCAAAUCAGCCACAGAACGUCUGGCACCGCUGGCUAAAGAUUCCCCUCCACCCAACAGUUACAAUGUGAGUCAGACAUUUGAGAUGGCUAAUGGCCGCUCUUACUUAGAACCCCGAAAUGAAGGAGCUAAGAGACGACAGAGCUGCUUCCUCUCUGCUGCACCACGGGAUAAUUUCUUCCUGCAAUGUGACCCCACUGUACCAGGGCCUGGCCAGUAUAACCCCAGUGUGAAAUCCGUACCCCUAAUGGCUCUGAUCUCCUCCAGAGAAGAUCGAUUUAAAGUCUCCGUGGACACCAACCCUGGACCAGGCGCUUAUCAGUUGAGUCCAGGCGUCAUGAACACAGUACUGAAGGGCACCUUCAAUGUGACGCUCAACAACCCUCUGGGUCCCUGCUGUUCCCCUCGUGUGGCCCCUGGCCUUUUAACCGCCUACAAGACCAUUAACACUGUCGCGCCCAACACCUUCAUCACCACCAGCACUUCUUAGAGCUCUUUGUGGGUCAAAGUUUAGAGGUGUAAGGCAGCAGUUUGGAGGAAGAUGACUGCUUUUUAUUCAGUGUCGCAAAGUAAAAUACCUACAAUCACAUCUACA